AUGAAGGGAGGACAAUUUGAUCCGAGGAUCAAUCAUACUGCCGAGGAAUGCAGGCAACUUUCGCAAGCAGAGUUAGUGCAAGAAUUGAAACAAAAAGGAACCUACAACCCGGAUUUGAUGGCCUGGGAUGUCAUGGGCGUUAUACGAUUUCUGGAUCGAACGAUUACCGACCAGUACGAGUUCCAACUACAGUGGAAAAAUCGAAGCUCGGCGAAGGAAGUUGUCGAACGCAAUGUGGAGGCGUUGGCGAGGAUUGUGCACGAAUUGAAUGCUACGUGUGAUUUGAGGGUACCCCAUGUUCGGGAUAAGAUUGCGAAUUUGACGCUGGUAGAACCCCGAAGAACAAUACUCUCCCCAGCACUCCGAAUGACACCCAAAAGACGCAAAAGAGAAAUAGAGCGCCUCGUCUCCACGCUUCUAUUUGAAGAACAGAAAGACGAGCAGCCGUCUAGUUCUUUUAAAGAAGAAGAGGCAAAGACCACACGCCACCAGAAGCUUGUCGGUGAAUCCCACAUAAUUCCAUUUGGUUGUGAUAAACGUGGAACAGAAGAAGCUGGUUAUUUGAGGUUAUGUGGCGCCUGUCAAGCUAUAAGAAGGUUACCAGAAGAUUUCUUCCCACCCUUUAUCAACGAAGUCACAUGUGACGUUGAUAAAGCUUGCCUAUACUUUUAUGAUUACCCCCAUGGUAAAUGCCGGCAAAAACAUAUGAAUUUUGUUGUAUUGCGGAAUGUAGGAUCUGCGAAAUGCCAGAUCUGGAAAAAAUUCAAUCUAAACGUUCGUGUUUCCUGCGAAUGCUUCGUCGACGAGAUGAGCUUUUUCGCUAAAUAUGUA